AUGUUGCACUUGCAAAGAGUUAUCAGCAUCUUGUUGGUUAUAACAUCUGAAAACUGUUUUGUAGGUUUGAGAGGAAGUAGAAGUGAGGAUAACAUCACCCAAUGUACUAGUCAACCAUGUUAUUUUAAUGGUACCUGUAUUAAUCUAGACAAUGAUUAUAAAUGUAAUUGUGUAGAUGGGUUUAUGGGUAAGAAUUGUGAAGCUGUGAUUCGAAGAUGUCGGUUUGAUAAUCCAUGUGGAGAUAACUCAGUCUGUGUAGAGAGACCAAGGGGUUAUGAAUGUUACUGUAAACCAGGAUAUCGUGGUGAGAAGUGUCAGUUUGAUAUUAAUGAAUGUGAAUCUUCACCAUGUUUGAAUUCUGCAGUAUGUCUUAAUGGUAUUAAUCAGUAUACAUGUAAUUGUGUAUCAGGGUUUACAGGAAAGCAGUGUGAAGUAGAUAUCAAUGAAUGUGGUAGUUCACCAUGUCAGAAUAAUGCUACCUGUCUAGAACCAGUACCAAAUAUCUAUAGUUGUACCUGUCUACUAGGAUACACUGGUAUUAACUGUGAAACAAAUAUCAAUGAUUGUCAAUCCAAUAGUUGCUCACCAUACCAUACAUGUGUUGAUGGAAUUAAUACUUUCAGCUGUGAGUGUCCAACUGGUAAAACAGGUAACCAAUGUGAAAAAUUCAUAGAUGAUUGUCAUAGUAACCCAUGUCAAAAUGGUGGAAAAUGUAUUGAUGGCAUAGAAUCUUAUACUUGUCAGUGCUCCUACCCUUAUACUGGAACUCAAUGUGAAAAAGAUAUUGAUGCCUGUAUACCUAACCCUUGUCUACAUGGUGGAUCGUGUUUCUAUGACAACAAAACAACAGACGGGUACAGAUGUAACUGUACAGAUGGAUUUAUUGGAGAUCGUUGUGAAGGGGAUAUCUAUGAUUGUCGUUCAGAUCCAUGUUUAAAUGGAGCAGAAUGCAUUGAGAAUACAGAUGGUAGUAAAGGAUUCACAUGUAAAUGUACUCAAGGCUAUGCUGGAAAGUUUUGUGAAGCUAAGGCUGAUAGUUGUAACUCAAAUCCCUGUGAGAAUUCAGGGACCUGUACUCCUGUACCUGAUGGAUAUAAAUGUCUCUGUACAGAUGGUUUUAAAGGUGGUCAAUGUGAAGAUGAUGUUGAUGAAUGUGUCUUUUCACCAUGUCAGAAUAAAGCUACCUGUAUUAAUAGUAUUGGUAGUUACUUGUGUCAAUGUGUAUUAGGAUAUGCUGGUAAACAGUGUGAGUCUGAGAUUAAUGAAUGUUUAUUUCAACCUUGUCGUAAUGGUGGAAGAUGUAUUAAUCUAGUUAAUGAUUUUAAAUGUGAAUGUUUACCAGGUUAUUCAGGUAUAGCCUGUAGUAAAGAUACUAAUGAAUGUGCCAGUAAUCCGUGUAAACAAGGUAGUACAUGUAUUGAUGGUGUCAACAGUUAUACUUGUCAAUGUCAACCAGGAUUUACAGGGUAUGACGGCCAAACAUGCUCAAACAAUAUUAAUGAAUGUUUGACCAAACCUUGUCAAAAUGGAGGAAAUUGUACAGAUUUGAUCAAUGCUUACAAAUGCCAGUGUCCUGUAUAUUUUACUGGCAAAACUUGUGAAACUCAAAUAAGUCAAUGUCAAAUCAAUCCAUGUUUAAAUGGUGGAUUGUGUGUUUCAAAUACAAGUUCAUCAGAGAUUAAAUGUGUUUGUCAAACAGGAUUUACAGGAUCUCGAUGUGAAACAGAUAUUGAUGAAUGUGCUUCAAAUCCAUGUCAAAAUGGAGCACUGUGCUUAGAGAGCUCAAAGACCCCAUUGGAGAAAUUUUAUGUUGGAUAUAGAUGUAAUUGUGUUGAGGGGUUUACUGGAACAAAUUGCGAGGUAAAUAUCCAAGAAUGUUCUAGUAUACCAUGUCAGAACAAUGGUGUCUGUAAUGAUAUGAUUAAUGGGUACAAGUGCCAGUGUGUCAACGGAUUUGAGGGAGUGAAUUGUGAGUUUGAUAUAAGACUCUGUUCUUCAUCUCCUUGUCAAAAUGGAGCUCAAUGUGAAAAUAUUUCGAAGCUUAAUUUCCAGUGCAACUGUCCUCAAGGUUACACGGGUCGUCUUUGUGAAACAAAUAUUGAUGAUUGCAAAAACAAUCUGUGUAAACAUGGUGCUAAAUGUAAGGACGGUCUGAAUUCUUAUUCUUGUGAGUGUCUACCUGGAUAUACAGGACAAAAUUGUCAAAUUAUAGCAGACGCAUGUUUUAGUCAGCCAUGUUUGAACAAUGGAGUAUAUUGUGUCAUUAGGUCUACUUCUUAUGAGUGUAACUGCAAAACUGGAUAUUCUGGAACACAGUGCCAGAAUGAUGUUAACGAGUGUAUCCAAUCACCAUGUAAAAAUAAUGGUACAUGUACUAAUACUAUAGGAAGUUAUGAAUGUAACUGUGAUGGAACUGGAUUUGAUGGCACUAACUGUACAGAAGAUGUCAAUGAAUGUGAUAAAAAUCCAUGCUUUAAUGGAGGUAAGUGA